CGGCGUCCCUUGGCAAUCGUUAUCGUCAGCUGUUACGUAGCGUGUUUAUUACGUCUGUCGCAGAAAAGUUUUCCUCUUUUUUCGCGGGCGAAAAGCAAAGUUUUCCCUGCCCAAAAUGUCGGUGCCUUUCAGCGGCGCCCUCCGCAGGUCGGGCGGCAUUGUCUCCGCCAUUGGCAAGCAGCUGAAGAGCGUCAACUUGAAGGGCGUGAAGCGGAUAACCGUGCAGUUCGAUCCGUUUGCGGAAAAUGUCAAGUCGACACGCGAGUUCCUCUUUCUGCUCUCCACACCGAAGGUGGCCCAAACAAAUCCCAAGUGCGUGGUCAAGUCGGACAUUGUGUGCGAUCGGCAGCCGUCCUGCAUUAAGUUUGCGUUGAUCGACUCGGCGCAAGAACAAGCCAAAGUGAAGGAGAUUCGCUUCAACAGCGACAACUUGAACACAUUAGAGCUCCUGCAGCUGUGCAACAGACACGUCUCCAGCUUGGCACCCGUGGAGGAGAUCACCAACAAGGUCCUGACCAAGGCGGAGAAACAGAAGCUGGGAGGCGGCGCCGGUGCUGGCAAGAAGGUAACCAAAAAGAAGUAG